UAUGGGGUCGCUCUAACUGAGACGAUCGUGCUAAUUUAAUAGCCGCGGUCCAGUUCCUUAUUCCUUAUACGAGAACACCGCCGGCAUAAAUUCCAAUAUAGGGAGAAGCAGCAAGCGAGGACGGUGCUAUUACAUUCCAAUCUUGCUCGCUACCUUCUCUUCGGCAUCGGGAUAGAUUAAUGGACGGCGCCCUUUGGUGCAAUCCAGCAGAGGUCUCUGCUCAGGCUUUCCCAGCAAGCUUCAAGGAAGGAGGGAGCCUUAGGGCGAGCGCGGCACCUGCAGGUAUUCGCCGCGGAGUGCACCUACAGGGAAUGGGAAAGUGCCUGAGCAACAGGUGCCAGAGAAGCCUGAACGGAGGAAGUGGGUGCUGGGCCGCUCCUCCCCCGGGAGAAAGGUUCAAGGCUCCCUCCCUCGGCUGCGGGAAAACAGAAGAAAAUUCGUGGAAUUAGGAGUUAGGGAAAGGAGAGCUGAGGUUUACCUAGAGGCUCCGGGCAAGUGGGAGGAGACGCCAUGGCCUGGAUCUGGCAGUGGCGAUUUCAAGCGCUUUUUAUCGGCCUCACCUCGACAGGUUGUUUCUCUGUUCUCGUGACAGUGCCAGAUACUGAGAGAUAUACAACUUUAUUUGCAUCUGUGAUCCUCCGAUGUGACUAUAGUACUUCAGCACCACUGCAGGAUGUAGUUGUUACUUGGCGCUAUAAAUCUUUUUGCAAGGAUCCCAUUCUUGAUUACUAUACUAUUGCCUAUCAGGCAAGCCUAGAUCUUGGCCAGGAUCCUUCCAAUGACUGCAAUGACAACCAACGGGAAGUGCGCAUUGUUGCUCAGAAAAGAGGUCAAAAUGAACCAGUAUUGGGUGUUGAUUACAGGCAGCGAAGGAUCACAAUUCAGAAUAGAGCAGAUCUUGUAAUUAACGAGGUGAUGUGGUGGGACAAUGGAGUCUAUUAUUGUACCGUUGAAGCUCCAGGAGACACAACUGGUGAUCCAGACAAAGAAGUCAAGCUCAUUGUUUUGAAUUGGCUUACAGUACUCUUCAUCAUCCUUGGUGCCCUCCUCCUCUUCAUGGUAAUUGGAAUAUGCUGGUGUCAGUGCUGCCCACAGCAUUGCUGCUGCCAUGUGCGAUGUGCUUGCUGCCCAACUCGUUGCUGCUGCAAUGAAAAAGUCCUAGAACGGCACCACUUUGUGAAACAAGCUAAACAACUUCUUCCAUGGAUGACACACCACUCCCAGUCAUCUUCAUACCAAUUAAACCCACUAUUGCAGAGAGAUGUAUCUCUCCAAAGCAGCCAACCAUUAAUGCCUCCAUUUGCCCAAGCACCUGCUAGCAACAAGAUCUUGGAUCACCUUGAAUCUGAGAUCAGGAACCUUAAUCUGUCUCAGCCUAUACUACCUUCACAUCAUGUUGGAAGCAGUCAACAUCCUAGCAUUCUCUCUUCUCUGGGCUCAGAGAUUGUGGAACGCAGAGUAAUCCAGUUGCCUCCUAUCAUUGAGCAUAUCCCGUCCUCUCAGAGAUCUAGCAAUUCAUCACGACCAGGGAGAUCUACACAUAUUCCAAGACCUCGGAGCAGCACAAAUGUAAACCAGAGGGAGGAGAGGAGAUGGAGGCAUCGUUCAUCUUUGGAUGAUGAUUCUUCUUUCAGCUAUGAUCAGGAACUAUGGGAUAGGCAUAGAAACAGAACUGAAUCACAAAGACAUGGCAGCCAUCAUGGUAGAUACCGGAAUUCUGCAACAGAUGUAGUACCCACCUCGCGAAGCAGAAAUAGUUUUGAUUCCCAUCUUGAGACAAGAAGAGGGUAUUCUGGACAGCAACAUUCCGAGAGAAAAAAUCAACAUUCACAACGACGAACAUAUCAACGUGACAAUAACUUUGCUCACCAGGAUCAACGACGGCAUCGCAGCUAUUCUCCACCAUCCUCCGAGGAGUCAUGGAGUUCCUCUGGAGAACAGGACUAUUCCCGGAAAAACAGUAGGCCUCAAUAUCAGCAUCAUUCCUCAGACUGGCAAUACGAAAAACCACCUAGCUAUUGUUCUGUUGAAGUUACCCCAACCAAGAACAAGAAACUCAAAAAGUCAACAGAACAGUCGGAAAAAGGCAGUUCUCGCAGUGGGAUGAGUGUCAUCAUUUAGCCUCUUCACUCUGCUACUGUAUAAAAUGAGAUUUGGGUGGCUGACUGAACAGCAGAUUUUCAUUCUGGCUUUUAAUAUUAUUCACAACAGUCAGUAACAGGUUUAUUUCUCCAUCACCAUCAGACUGCACUUUCUUGUAUUAAAAGUUUUUAAUCGUUUUUGCACUUACACUUACUAAUGCAGUAAGAUUUUUUUUUAUUUUACAAAACAGAUACUGAAACAUUACGUAAAUGAUUUCCUUGUCUGGAUCUUGAGGUCUUACCUUGAUCUUAAUACUUUUAUUAAGAAUACAAACUGGCAACUGUUCAUUAAUAGGUGGGGUAGUUUCUGUUACUCCAAAAGAUAACAGUUUUAAUCUUGGGUAAUGAACUACAGAAUUCAGUCUUGCUUUAUUACACAUAUUGUGUAAUAGGAUGUUUUUUUUUUAAAAUCCAGUCAGGAAGAUUUCUAGAAAAUUUUGAGUCAGAAAACUUUCAGAUACUAGUGCAUAUAUCUAGUAUCUAUAAUUUGCACAAGUCUUUGCAUUACAUUAUUUGAUGUCAACAAAAAUGUAGCCUAAUUUGUGAAGUUUGAACAUUCAAAGAAACUAACAAGUUGAUAAGUGAAAAAAUAUUUUGCUAUAAUGUUGGGCGGUAGGCAAUAAAAAUAACAUACCAGUGUACCUCCAGAACAUCAAGGAAAGCGGUUAGAAGGACGUUUCUAAUGAGCUUUAAAGCAUGUCCAGUCACAUUUAGACUGAAUCAUUCUAAGUCUGAGGCAGCUAUUCAGAACUGCUCAAACUACUUUUGUCAUUAGGAAAUAAGGUAUAAAGUAAAAUACUGCUGUGUGUAAUUGUUGGAGUGAUGCUGUUCAUCUUUAUUAUUAAUGAUUUACAUGAGAAGUGAAUGAUUAUCAGAUUUGCAAAUGAUACAAAACUACUAAUAUGUUUAAAGAGAAAACUCAAAAUGAUUUGUAUAGGUAAUGUAAAGCUAGAAAGCAGGUAGAUAGAAACAGAAUGAAACUAAAUGAUGGUAAAUGAAAAGUUACUCAUGAAAGAAAUCAAAUGCACAAGUUUAUGGUGCUACUGAGCUUGAUUGUAAUACUUGUGCAAAAGAUCAAGGAAUAGUCCUUGAUCAAAAUCUAAUUGUGAGUCAGCAAUAUGAUUAGUUUGCAAAAUAAGCAAUUUGAUGUCAAAUUUCAUUAAGUAUAGUUUCCAAAUUAGGAACUGUUACAUUGUAUUGCUCAGACUCCAUCUUGAUUACUAUGGUCAGUUUGGGCACUAUGCUUUACAAAAAAUUCAGAGAACCAGAGAAUGACAAUGAGGAUGAUAAGUUGUCUAGAUCUAAGACUUUACAAAGGGGAUGAGGACCCUAUUGCACCUGGACAGAAUACGUAAAUUUGAUUAAUAAUCUGCCUUCAGGACCAUUGUAUCCAUCACGGUAUCUCUGAUAGCUCUAACUUUUCUAGAUUGAGUAGGAAAGUCAACAAAAGGUUCGUAUGUAAGUAUACUUGAAUGGUAGUAGAAUUGUUUAUGAAAUCAGGGGUCUUGAUAAAGGAAGAUUUCUGAUUGUGUGGAAGCCUCUAAUCACAGUAAAGUUUACGAUAGGGAGAUCAAAUAUGGGUGAAUUAGAAAACACAUGAGGCUCCAUUCUUCUUCCCUUAAUUUAACUUAAUUAUAGAUAUAACAACAUGUAGGGAUUAUGAACAGGUGUACAGUAUUGUAACAUUGUGCAAUGUGGAAACUGGCUUCUAUCAUUUGACAAUUUAAACACAGCCAUAUUUGAAAGGAUUAAAGAAACCAUUUGAAAUAUGGUGUCAGAAAAGCUUGUAUUAGUGGGGCCAGUUACUGUUUUGCAGGUGGAUUUUUAAUGGACUUUUUAAUGGAUGGGUUAGAGGAUACAAUGAUGUUUGUUCAUUAUAUGUCCACUAAAAGGUAACUUAUACCUUGUAUCUCCCUCACUCUCACUCCUGAAGCUGAUUCUGGUCCUAUUGUGGCAUGUUCUUGGUGAAUGCACUGGGAGUAUGUGUCAGCCAGGAAGAGAAGUCAGGCUGAUGUGUGCCAAUGUUUGAGACGGUGCUAUCAUGCCAUGGGGAGAUUUUCACCAAUGUUCUUGUUGGGUCUUGCUGGUCCCUUGGUCAGUCCCAGAAUGGAGCAGGGAGAUGAUCCAGUAUAGAUUGUCAAGAAGUGCCAAUUGGUAUUACAACUGGAGUUUCCCUUUCCUUUCAAUUUUGGUGAGUAUAGUGGGCCUACCAGAAGAAAUUGAUGGGCAUAAAUUACCAGGAUUUUUUUUUACCUAGUUGGAAGUUUCUACAAAUGGUAACCUAAAGCACUAGUAGAACAUACUUGUGUAGCGGGAGCUAAUGGGGUUAAGGGUCUAUUUCUAAUCAACUUGAAGCUAUCCUGGUCUCUCCAUAUUUGAACCAGGUUGCUGUUACAGCUAUAUGUGAUUUGGCAGCUACUUUCAACAUUGUAUCUCCAUCUUUUGAUUUCUAUGGAGUCCCUCAGUAUGAUCUGUGUUUUUAUGAAAACAUCAGGGAGUAGAAAGAAAGUGGAUAGGGAAUGGAAAUGGAUGGGUGGUGAAUAGGAAUGGAUGGGUGUGGACAAGAACAGAGUACAGUAAUUAUUGUGGUUAUUAAGAGUUGGGGAUGUUUGUAUGUGCUUUAUGACCUUAGAGGAGGUGAUGAAAUUGGGAUAGGACACUCUGCGGUUCCAUUAAGCUCAUAACAGGGCAGGAAGCAGAGGACUGGCUGGAGAUGGUGGGCUUAGUGGUUAAGAUCUUCCUAUCUUACAGUCCUCAGAAUUCAUCCUCAAGACCUGUAACGAACUGUGGGUGUAAUCUUGAGGAGCAGGUGGAGAUCUGCAAACAAGACAAGUCAGAUAAAAGUAAUUUGAGUCCAAAGCAGAAACAUAACUUGAGAAAGCUGUUCUGUUACUAUAAUCAUAUAAUAAAAAUAUUAGUAUCCAUGACUAGUUUCCUAGUCUGGGGCCACAAAGGAUCUAAUGACCUGUUGUGCCUUGAAGGACUGAGAAAAUCUGGUGAUCAGAUCCUUGAUUUCCCUAGCAUCCAGCUAUUACUGUUGAACACCAGAGUGCUACAUAAUAAGACUUGAGGAUUUGAUUGUGGAUGAGGCUUGCACACACUUUCAACAAUAGGCUAUUGCUCUGGUCAUCUGCAUCAUUCUAGGACUUUGCAAGGUGAUGUUGCUGCAUAAAGAUGUGUUCAAAACUCAGUUUUUUGCACUCAGUAUGUUAAUAUUCAGUUUACACAAAGGCCUCAUAGUCUAUAAAAUAACAUAUAACCUUUGCCUUCAAGAUGUUAUUGCAAUAGUUGGGAGGAAGUACUGUUUUAGUGUGGUUGCUCCUUUUAUAGUCACUGCCUUUAUUUUUCCUACUAUACACACUUCUUACUAGCUUAUGCUUUUGUAAGUUCAAAAGAUUGGAUGAGGUUAAGCUAUUGCUGUAUGUCCUUGAAAGCACCAGGGUUUGACUCAGUUAGCCAGGCAGCUAGAACAGUGGUUUGAAUGUCUGGGAAUGCAGAUCUGAGGAAAUGAAUGAAUGAAUGCCUAGGGGAAGGAGGAGGAUGGCUUGUCUGCAUGAUUGCAGCUGCUUUU